AUGAGCCAGGCGGAGCUGUCCACCUGCUCGGCGCCACAGACGCAGCGCAUCUUCCAGGAAGCGGUGCGCAAGGGCAACACGCAGGAGCUGCAGUCACUGCUGCAGAACAUGACCAACUGCGAGUUCAACGUGAACUCGUUCGGUCCCGAAGGCCAGACGGCGCUGCACCAGUCGGUCAUCGACGGCAACCUGGAGCUGGUGAAGCUGCUGGUCAAGUUCGGCGCCGACAUACGCCUGGCCAACCGCGACGGCUGGAGCGCGCUGCACAUCGCCGCCUUUGGCGGCCACCAGGACAUCGUGCUUUAUCUCAUCACUAAGGCCAAGUAUGCGGCCAGCGGCCGGUGAUGCCCGCCCGGACCCUGAACCCCUCCAGCCCGCGCCCGCGUCGUCUCUGCUGUACCUUCCAGCCAUCUACCUCCGUGUACACUAGGGUCGCAGGCCCGUCGGCAGCCCAGCCCUUG